CCUAAUUCACCUAAACCAACAAGAGAGGCCCUGGAAGAAGCCAUAAUAGGUAAAAAAGAAUCAAACAUGAUAGGUUUUACUAUGAUAAAUGUCAACCAUGAAAAUGAUGAUUGUAAACCUAAUCGAUAUGAAGAAUGGAUAAGUGAUAAAGAUGAAGAUUAUCAAGAUGUGGAGCUAUCUAAAUGGAGAGUACCAGAUAGAGAGUUGAUUAUAGGAAAUAAUUGGUACGAUGAUGCUAAAGAAUAUGAAGAGUUUAUGAUAAAAGUAAAGAAUAGCAACUCAGAAGAAGAAACCAUCAAGUCAGAACUAGAAGAUUACUUACCUGCCUUUGGAUUUUUCAAUAAUGGAGUUUCUGGUCUUGUACUUCUUACCAGCCUAUUCUCUGACUCAAGAGAAAGCACAGAAAGAAGAUUUGUAAUUGAAGAGUAUUGGAAGAAAUUAGAAUACUGA